GGAAGUUCCGGGUCAGGCGGCCAUCUUGGCCCAAGGUGGGACCAUGCGGCUGUCAGGUCCCAUCAUUGCAAUCAGCUGUGCUGUUCUCAUCGAUUGGCUGAUGUGAGGCAGCGUGCUGAUUGCAGGGGUGGGACUUGGCAGUAUUUAAGCAGUAUGGUUUUGCCAUUCGGCCCCCUGUCCUGAACUGAAAACACGUGCUGUGCUUUGUUGUUGUUUUGUUUUUUCAAACUGCUGUAAUUCGCAGAAGCUUGAAACUUAAGGGACUUUGGUGGAUUGCCGCAGUGGAAGAAACCCAGGACAAGCCAGUAAUCCGUGGAAGGGGGCCAGGAGGCGGUGAGAGGAAACCCACUGCAGGAGCACAGAGAAACCCAGUGCUUCCUUUAUUGUUGUGUGUAACGGGACGUUUUUGUUUAUUCUUUUUAUUUGAAACCUGAGUUUACCAUCGCUGGUAUUCCAGGUGGUUUUCUUGUUUAUUUUCUGGAAUACUGGACUGUUCUAUUUUUGUUUGUUAAAAUAAAUCCUGCCUGUACCGUUGAUGGUACAGGGCUCCAAGGACUAAACGACACUUCCGGCUCCUGUGUGCUGUCAUUUCUGGUCCUUCCCUAAAGCUCCACCCACUACCCUCCCACAAGGUGGUGUCAGAAGUGGGAUGAGCAUGGACCGGCACACCCUGCAAGCCGUCUUGGAGGAUCAGGAGAGACACCGUGACGGUGUAGAGCGGCGUCGGGAAGAACGGGAUGCUCAGAGGGAUGCUGAGCGUUCAGCCCAUCUGACCGCGAUGACUGACAAGAUGGCGGCCAUGUGUCUGGCCAUUCAGAACCUGGUAGUGGCCCAGGCCCAGGCCCAAGCCCAGGUCCCGGCCGCAGCAGCUGGACCAGCGCAGCCGACGCCCAAAAUCCGGCUGCAAAAGAUGACCUCAGAAGAUGACCCGGAGGCCUUCCUGACCACGUUUGAGCGGGUGGCUACAGUGUCAGGGUGGCCAGCCAGAUGUUGGGCGGCACAACUCGCCCCCUGUCUGACUGGUGAGGCGCAGGCAGCAUACCGGGCCCUGAGCAAUGUGGCAGCAGAGGAUUAUCCCCAGGUGAAGGCAGCUAUCCUCCAACGCCUCAAUAUCACUCCGGAAACGCAUUGCCGGCGUUUCCGGACCUACAAGCGUCCAGAGGGAACCCGGCCCCGCAUUGCGGCCCAGCAACUCUGGGACCAUCUGACCCGCUGGCUGCGUCCCACUGAACGGACCACCCAACAAAUCAUGGAGUCUGUGGGGGUCGACCAGUUCCUGGAGGUGUUGGAACCGGAGACUCGAGCCUGGGUCGCUCGCCACAGUCCCGAGACGAUGGACAAGGCCGUCGAACUGGCGGAGGCUUUCGAGGAUUCACUGCUUCGGGUGGACCCCAGUCCAGCCCCAGCAGUCCCAGUGAAGCAUCGCCCUUUACCAGCGCACCCAAGGACUGCAGCGAGGCCUUCAGUUUUCCCCGUCCCUUUGAGCGCCUCGACUCCAAAGUGGAGACCGAGGUUAGCUCCCAGCUGGGCCAGAGAGAAUCCCUGGACCCCCCCCCCCCAGUGGUGGACCAAGGGACAAGCAGCCGUCUCCCACAGCGUUGCCUUCCCCUACCUGCUUCCGGUGCCAUGAGGUGGGACACAUCGCGAGAUUCUGUCCUGCCGCAAUGGAGUGUGACGUGGCCUUGCGAUGUCCGGACGCAGAGGGUGAAGCUUGAAACUUAAGGGACUUUGGUGGAUUGCCGCAGUGGAGGAAACCCAGGACAAGCCAGUAAUCCGUGGAAGGGGGCCAGGAGGCGGUGAGAGGAAACCCACUGCAGGAGCACAGAGAAACCCAGUGCUUCCUUUAUUGUUGUGUGUAACGGGACGUUUUUGUUUAUUCUUUUUAUUUGAAACCUGAGUUUACCAUCGCUGGUAUUCCAGGUGGUUUUCUUGUUUAUUUUCUGGAAUACUGGACUGUUCUAUUUUUGUUUGUUAAAAUAAAUCCUGCCUGUACCGUUGAUGGUACAGGGCUCCAAGGACUAAACGACACUUCCGGCUCCUGUGUGCUGUCAUUUCUGGUCCUUCCCUAAAGCUCCACCCACUACCCUCCCACAAGCACAUGGUUGUACAGUGGGGAGUGUGGUGGUGUUUCAGUGUAGAUGUCACUAGAGCACUGUGACAGAAAUACAAUGAGUUCUGGUGAUAAAUCUUCCUCCCGACCUGUGAGGGCGCUAAAGAACGGGAGGAGAAGUAUCUGGAAGGGCUGGCCUGACAGUUUGUUUCCGGGACCGGGAAGUGGGUCAGCCUGGAAGGAAGCGAGACUCUGUUGUAAGACCGUAUUGAUUUGACAGGUAAACGAGGGGCAGCUGCAAGUAAUAAGGCAGCUGCAACCGUUUACCUAGAUAUCAUGCGGGAUUACAUAUAGGGGCCAGGGUAACGCUGUUCUUUUCCUUCGUUUGGGUUAAGCCAAGGACCGAGAAGGACGUUAGUAGUAAAACUGUAUUACUCUAUAGAGAGUUGCGUGUGUGUGUGUUUGUGUUUGUUUAUCACUGUACAAUAACUGUCUGUGUUUUUGAAACCACCAGACAGCUAAAGCACAUCCGGAGCUGUCGCCUUGGGCCAGCACAAGCCGGAUCACCACUGCACGAACUGUCACGGAAAUAAAAAGUAUAUUCACUCACCACCAGCACGA